GUGGGAUGUCGGUCCCGAUUUAAAUUAUCUCCAUAAUUUGAAAAUCACUAAAGUAAAGAUUGAUGAUCAUGAAUACUGGAAUUUCUCUCAGGAUUAUAUGAAUUUUGUUCUUAUUUGAAGAAACCUAAUAGCAAUAUCAGCCAAAAUGGCCACUAAAGUUGUUGCCAAUCCAGAAAUCGAUAUUUUAAAAGAAGAACGAGAGGGAAGACUUCGGGAAGUUGGAAAUCAAGCUGUCUGGUCACUAUCUUCUUGUAAACCAGGGUUUGGAGUGGAUCAGCUCUUGGACAACACUGUGGAUACGUACUGGCAGUCAGAUGGACCACAGCCACACCUCGUCAACAUCCAGUUCAGGAGGAAAACUACCAUUCAUGAUGUGUGCAUCUACACAGAUUAUAAAGCAGACGAGAGCUACACUCCUAAUAGAAUUUCUCUGAGAGCUGGAACUCACUUUAAUGAUCUCAUUGAGGUGGACCAAAUUGAGCUUAGUGAGCCCGUAGGAUGGGUGUGUGUUCCAAUGAAAGACAUCAAUGACAAACCAAUCAGGACGUUCAUGGUUCAAAUAGCGGUGCUGUCAAAUCACCAGAAUGGACGUGAUACACAUCUUCGUAGAAUCAAGAUCCGAUCACCUGUGCAAGACACUUAUGUUGUGAAAACACCCAAGUUUACUAGUCUAGAACUCAUGCAGUUGGCCUACAUAAAAUGAUGAUCUGACGAAUUAAAGUAACAAAUCUACACUGUAUACCAAUAUACAUGUAUAACAAUGGUUGUAUUGUACCACAGAUACCGGAAAUUUUGCAUACCGUAUAUAUAAAUCCAAGUUUACUAGGCCUAUAUAGUUUUGAACUCAAGCAGGUGGCCUACAUAGAAUGAGAAUCUUGUGAAUUAAUAUGACAAAUCUACACUGUAAAUCAGUAUGACUCUACUCAUAUGUAUGGUUGUACAUGAACUGUAUAGAUCUGCAAUUCCACAAUCUGACAUUUGUAUUUAUAUAUGUACUGUAUUUAUGUCCAAAGUGAAAUUUAAAUCUGAAUGAAAACUUCACAUAAUGCACCAGUACAUAUUUUCCCCCUCAACAUCUAAGAAAUUCAACUGUACAGUUUUUUUUACAUGUAUUUUAUUGUCUGAUUAAAACUAUUAUGUAUUUGCCACAUAAGUGUUCAUCACUAAUUCUGUAAAUAAAGCACUAUUCCCCACA